AUGUCCUCCCAGCUGCCCGCGACAGCACAGAGUACCGGCAUCUCCAAGUCGGCGGCCAAGAAGCGGUCCAAGAAGGCUGCAAAGGCGCUGGCUGCCAGCAAAGAGACCUCGGGCUCGGUCCACAGCGGCGAGGAUCCCGGCUCUGUCCAGCCCGUGCCCUCUGCGUCGCUCGACGCCAGUAGUUACUCGUACCCCCCAGGCUCGUAUCCCGACCCGGGUUACGACGGAGCCUACUACGACGAAGCUGAUCUGCCGCCCACAGGCUCCGGCGUGACGGCGGGCGCGCCCAGCGACCAGUUUAGCUUUGGGUCGUACGCGUUCGUCGGUGACCGCGGCACCAUUGUACCCCAGGCAAACGGCAGCCCGUUCGGCGGCCUGUCUCCGUCGAUCAACAUUACACACGAGGACCUCCUCGAAACCGCCAACGAGCUCUGGAAGAGGAUGGGCGAGACAGCAUACGGUGAUGACGACCCUUACUGGUCAUCCUUACCCACCCAUGUCCGCCAGUUCAUUCGCGAAGCCAUCCCGUUCAACGGCCUCAGCAACACCAACAAUGACCCCCAGGCAACGCAAAAGGACCUGUACGCCAUGGCCCAGCGGAUUGUCCAUGCGGCCAGCCAGGGGAUGGGUCUGCAAGGUGUCGGCUCCAACUUGCUUUCGCAGGUGAACGGCCGCGCGCACCUCCAGGCCAGCAUUGCCGAGGACCUAGGGUUCCACCGCCACCCAGACUCGCUCGACCGUGGCGGAGACGACGACUAUGAGGACGAGGACGACUUUGACGAGGAGCCAGACGCUGCGUACUCGCAGCCAAACGGCGACGCGCCAAAGAAGAAGAAGAACAAGAAGAAGAAGAAGGCGGCGGCGGCAGUUGAGCCACCGCCCGCAGCUCUUCCUCCGCCUGCUGUCAAGCAACCGCCUCGACAGCCAGUGCCACCUCAACCUCCUCUCCAGCAACCCGCUCUCAACCCCCCACCCCCUCCCGCAACCCCUGCCCCCACCCAGUCCACCCCUACAUCUCGUGCCGCCGGCAAGCAGCCCAUGACACACGCGCCUGCACCAGCAGCCAACAACCCUCCUACGCGGUCUGUGCGUGCAGCGGGCAAGGCUCCCAUGUCUGCUGCCCAGCACACACACCACAACCACACUCACCCCCCUCCCGCCAAGCCCGCCGGCACCAAGGGCAAGGCAACUGCUGCCGCACCGCCUGCCAAGAUUUGGACGACGGCGUCAGCAGAGGAACGCGAGAACAUUACCCAGUUCUGGUUGGCACUCACCGAGGCGGAACGGCGCGACCUCCUCCAAGUUGAAAAGGACGCCGUUUUGCGUAGGAUGAAGGAGCAGCAGCGACAUUCGUGUGCCUGUGCCGUCUGCGGACGGAAAAAGGUCAACAUCGAAAAGGAGCUGGACCAGCUGUACGAGCAAUAUUACGACGACCUGGAGCGGUACACCCAGCACCAGCGCGCGGCUGUCAGCAACCUCGACUGUCCGCCUCCACUUGGAGCCGGCCCCUUCCCCGGGAGCGUCGAGCUCGACUCGAGCGGCCAACUGCUCAAACUCGACCACCUCGCACCCAAUCCUGCACAGCAUCCAAGUCUCGACGAAAGCGACGACUAUGAGGAAGACGAAGAGUAUGACGAGGAGGAGGAGCUGGAUGACGACGAGGUCGGAUCAGAGGAGGCCGAGGUCGACUACCCCGCGCGCAGCAAGGCUGCCAGCAAGACACUGGCACCCAAGCCCGAAGGCGGCGACGACUUUUACGGAUUUGGCAGCAAUCUUGCAACUAUCAAAGGCAUAAUCACCGUGGCCGACGACAUGCUCAAGAAUGACGGCGCAAAGUUCCUCGAAAUGAUGGAGCAGCUGGCCGUCAAGCGGGACGCCCGAGAGGGCCUCAACGUUCGCGAGCUCCAGGAGGAGACGGACGAGGAUGACGACGACGACGAGAGCGUCUCCGAGUCGCAGCGCAUGGAGGACGGGCGCCGCAUGUUUGCCAUCUUUGCAGCACGCAUGUUUGAGCAGCGUGUCCUCCAGUCGUACCGCGAGCGCGUCGCCAAGGAGCGCGAGGAGCAGCUUCUCCGCGAGCUCGAGAUGGAAGAGGACACCAAGCGUGCUCGGGAGGAGAAGAAGGCCAAGGAGGCACAGCGGAAGAAGGACAAGAAGAAGGCUCAGAAGCAACGUCAAGACGAGGAGCGUGCCGCUCGCGAGGCUGCUCUUGCCGAGGAACAGCGUCAAGCAAAGCUCAAGGCGGAGGAGCAGGAGCGCGAACGACACAAGCGGCAAGAGGAGGAGCGCCAGCGUCGCGAGGCCGCCAAGCGCGCUGCCCAGGAAGAGGCAACGCGUCGCGAGACCGAGCGCCGGAAGCGUCAAGAGGAGGAGCGCGCGCGUGAGGAGGAGGCUGCACGAAAGAAGCGUGAGCGUGAGGAGAAGAUCCGCAAGGAGCGCGAAGCGCGUGAGCGUGAGGCCAAGGACAAGGAGCGCCGCGAGAGGGAGGAGAAGGAGCGAGUUGCCAAGGAGCGUGCCGACAAGGAACGCGCUGCCAAGGAGGCCCGCGACAAGGUCGAAAGGGAGCGUGUCGCCAAGCUCGAAGAGGAGCGUCUGGAGAAGCAGCGUCGCGACGAGGCUGCCCGCCGCGAACGCGAUGCCGAGCAGCAGAAGAAGCUUCUCGCUGCCCAGCACGCCGCCCGCGAAAAGGCAGCCGCUGUCGCCGCCGACAAGGCCGCCGCCGCUGCCCUCGCUGCUGUUCGCCCCCCUCCCCCCGGCUCGGUCGCUCGCUCCACCAAGGCUACUCCUUCCGCUGGCUCGUCGUCUCGCAACGGUCCUACCCCACCCGGCAGUACCCCUUCGCUCAUCUCGUCGCCACCGACUCCCUCGAGCGUUCGCCCAUCCCCCAUUGUCCGUGGUGGUGGCCCGCCCAAGACCCCGCAGCCAUUCUACAACCAGCCUGUUCCGGCCAUGUCUGGCUUCAACGCGCGCCCGACUGCGCCCGGCGGCUUUGUGCAGGGUUACGGCGCUCGUCCGCCAUUCCAAGCCCAGUCGCCCGUGUUCACCGCACCCCAGACCAACGGCCAGGGUAUGAUGAGCUCGUCGCUCUCUGCUUCGCCCAGCGCCCUCUCCCGCGGCGGCUUUGGUGGUGGUCUUGACCCGACAUUCGACUUUGACGCGUCGCGUGGCCCCCCAGGUCUUGGCUUUCCCUCCAAGGUCGGUGGCACGAGCCGCGGCGCAUCGACCGACGACCCGUUCCGUGCACCCGGUGCGCCCCCUGCCGCCAUCGGCCAGCGCGUCCCCUCGCAGCCCGCAUCACUGUACGGUGACCCCGAGGCCGACCCGUUCGUCAUUGGCCGCAUGGACACGAGUGCCGACCCCAUUGCGCCUCCCCCAGGACCCAUUGGAUCGCGGCCGACGUUUGAUCAGUCUCCCGAGCAAGUACUCGGUUCGGCGGCCCUCGGUGCCGCAGACGACGAGAUUGUCCAGCCCGCCGCACGCCGCGUGCCCCCCGGCCCAGCAGCGCCUGGUUGGAAGAUCCCCUCGGCCCCCGGCGCCGGUCGGUGGUCUGCUGCCCCGCCCAACAUCUGGGGCAACUCGACGCCAUGGAGCCGCGGCACGUUUGGCGCCCCCGGCGCCGGCACUGGCGCGCCGCCAGUCGACUUCCGCCCAGACAACACCCUCCCGCCGCUCGGCGGCGUCCCCGUCCCGCCGAUCGGUGCCCCCGGCGGUGUUGGUCGUGGCGUCGGCACCGGCGGAGCUGGCACCAGCGCGCCUGGCUCAGCGUCCUUUGGCGCCCCCGGGUUCAACGCGUACGGCGCGCCGCAGAACCUGUUCGGACCACCGCAGCCGCAUAACCACCACUAG